GCGACCAGUCUACAAAAGGAGCAACGCGAGAACAUCGGCUUCAGAGGGCAUGGCACUUGGCUGACAAGCAUGAUGCCUAAAACGCCGUUACUGCUGUUGCAGGUUAGUUACUACUCUACGUAUCGCAGUGAUAAUAGAUGCUUGUUCGUCCUGCCAUGCCCUCGUAGAUGUUGUGCUAUUUUGGUGGAUUGCUGGUCAAUACUGCUGUUGCUGCUGAUGGCCGGGGAUGUUGAGGAAAAUCCAGGCCCAAAAACUGCUGAAAUCUUGCAGGAAAUUCUGGGAAAUCAAAAUGCAUUGGAUCGCAAGAUAGAUGAUAUCAAGAAAGAAAUUGCAGAAGUGAAUGCUAAAACUGAUAAGAUGCAAAGUGUGCUAGCCAUGUUCGACGAAAUGAAAACUAGAAUAGAUAAAUUGGAGACCACCGUACGAAAACAGUCUGAAAAGUUAAUCGAUUAUGAAAAUAGAAGCAGACGAAAUAAUCUUGUGGUGUUUGGUCUUACUGAAAGCGCGAACGAGUCUGCACAAGUGUUAAAUAAACGCGUUGUAAAUGACAUUUUUUCUAAAGUUCUUGGCAUAGAAAUCACUACAGUGGAAAGAAUUCACCGGAUUGGCAAAGUAAAUCCUGAUAGACCAAGGCCUGUGAUCUUGAAAUUUUAUGACUACAAGGAAAAGAAUACCGUCCUCAAAAGCUGCGCAAAGCUAAAGGGAACUUCAAUCAGGAUAAGUAAUGACUAUGCGAAGGAAACUGUGCUGAUACGAAAGAAGUUAUGGGAAAGUGCUGCCUUGGACAGGGGCGCAGGCGCAAAAGUAGUUCUUGUGCACGAUAAACUUCGGAUAAACGAUCAGUUAUACGCAUGGGAUGACGUCAGAAACAAGCGCUACUUGCUCUCGGGCAAACGUGAUACUGAUCAAAUGAAGCGAAGUGAGCGUGUUGUAUCAAGUAAGUCAAAUGGAUCUGAUAGCUCAUGCAGCUCAUUUGAGACACCAAAAAAAUAGCUAAGAUUGCUCUCGUUUAAUGCGCGCA